AUGAUGGUGCCCUUUCCCCCACAAACAAAGAAAGCCGAAGUGGUCGAGCGCGACAUCACGAAGACCAUCGAAGAGCGGAUCCUGGGCUGGCAUGAGCAUGCAACCAUCAUUGCGGGGCGCUUCGGCGCGGGCAAAUCCGUGGCUGUCGAAGAGGCCCUGCGCGACAUGCAGGGCGUCUACGUCCACCAAGUCCGUGGCAACGACUGGGAGGAGAAACUCUACAAGCGCUUGGGCCUGGAUGGGCCGGACAUGCUCGAGGAGGUUCUUCGUCGAGUGGGUGACAAGCUGAAGAGGCCGCCCAUCCUGCUGCUUGACAUCCCACGAACCACGAAGCAAGGCAUGGAAACGAUUUCCAGCUUCGCCAAGGAGCUGUCGUCGGACAGGAAGCUGGCCCACGUGAUCGUGUGCGCCUCCUCGGCCGCGAUGGCCAUCUCCUUCGACGCAGGUGGCAGCGCGCGCCAAAAAGACAUCUGGGUGGGCGACUUGACUGAGAAGGAGGCGAAAGAGCUGCUGACACUCCGCGGGCACCAGAAUGAUUGGAAGCAAUUCGUGGAUGCAUGUGGCUUCAACGCUUUGGACUUGGUCGACGCCUGCGACAUCUCGGUGGAGGCCAAGAAGGCGGAGAUGGAGCAGAAGGCCCGCAAAGAGGUGCUGCGCUUCAAGGACCAGUGCAAGAUCGCAGGAGACACAGGAAAGGAAAUCCUAAACAAGCUGCUGGAAAACAGGCAGGCCGGCGAAGGUGCAGAAGAGCUCUGCACCGAUGCAUCUCCGAAGGAUGUGGCGAUGUGGAUCCGCGAGAAGGGUUAUCACGCCGUGAUCUGGCACACAGUGAAGCGGGAGUACCAAUUCGCAUCGGAGCUGCACGCGAAUGCAGCAACCGAGAUUUUGAAGAGCACCUCCCAGUCGACGCCAUAA